AUGGUUCACUACAAGUCCCUCUUUGUGGCCCUUGCCGCUGUCUCAACUGUCGCUGCUGGUCCUUGCAAGGCUAUCACGAGUUCUGUUCAGAGCACCACAGCAGCUGUUUCUGAAGUGGCCACUAGCACUACUGUUUCUGAGACUUCUGUUGCUGAGACCACUGCUACCUCCGCUGCGGAGUCCACAAGCACAAAUGUUCAAGACCCUACUACCACAUCAGCCUCAGAAACAGACGCAACCAUCAUCGAUGAAACCAUCAUCACUACAGCCCCAACCACCACAAUCGACAUUGUCCCCACAACUACCACGGCAGAGGCUACCACAUCAGCCGCUGCUCCCGCUGAUAAUGUCUGCGGCAUCACAGGCUUUUUUGUCACAGAUCACGAAAUGACAUUUCUUCUUUCCCCCGGAAUCAAAAACAGCGCUAAGGAGUGCCUGGAGGGAUGUGCUGCAUUCGACGGUUGCGAGGUUAUUGCCUUUUACGAUUCCUUCGAAAGCCCAGGCCGUUGCGAGUACUUCUCAGGAGAGCUUAUUACUGACGGCAUGGUCACUUGGUACAAGUGGUAUGAUGUAGGCUGUCUUGCUGAGAUGUAA